ACGGGUUAUUAUUCCUGUCGACGGAGGGAUACAUGUGCUGCCACCACCUCCCUGACAUCUACCAUCCAGGGGUUGAUGCAUGACAGUACGCAAUAUACGAGCGUCUGGACGUCUGGCCAUUGGUCGCUCAAAUCCCUCAGCCAAAAUGCAUAGACGUCAAAUCGUCCGUGUGCUGCCAUCUGUACGAGGAAAAGAUGGUCCACCGUGAGGAAAGACCUGAUUGAUACGAUGGGUACAACGAAGACUGGGAUGGUAUAAAGAGGGGCAGGGGGAGUUGGUGCUUGGUGCAUGACCGAGGGUAGGAAGAUGAACAUCACAUCAAUCCACCUCGCAUACUCAAUCCUCAAGCACAGCGAAUCUUACCAGAUCAAAGAUGCCCGAAUCCAAAGCCUCAUUCGACGGAGAGUCCGAUCUAAAGGACCCCGACCUGUUAUCUAGGACCGAAUCCGCUACUUCCGAAGGACCUUACACUCCCGUCCGAUCCGUCGUGCUCAACUCUUCAGCUCCCUACCCUCAUCGCGGACGGAGGCACCAGAGGUCGUUGACUAUCCACGAAAAUGUCACCGAAGGUUACGAUGGCGAACAUCGAGGCCGCGAUCUCAGGAUCCAGCGGACCAACUCGAUCAGCCUCGCUACGGGGCCUAUGAAGGGUGACCGUGAGGCGAGGACGGUCGCGGAUUUCCGAACUCUAAGUUUAGGAGUCAAGGAUACUCAGAGGAGCGAAGUACUCGGUGAUGCUCAACGACGUGGAAAGAAGGAAGUCAAAGACCUUGCCACCCUCGACCACCACACCUUGUCCAUCGACGAACUCCUCCGUCGUUUCUCCACCAGCGGAACUCAAGGUCUCGACUCUGUCCAAGCUAAACGUCGAUUGGGUGAAAACGGUCCUAACAAGCUCAGUCCGCCUCCGAGGAACCUCUUGAGAAAGUGGCUUACCUACGUCUUCGGAGGUUUCGGGUCUUUGCUCUUCACCGCUUCGGUCUUGUGCUUCAUCGCUUGGCGACCCUUGGGAGACCCUGCACCGGCUGUUGCGAACUUGGCUUUAGCGAUCGUAAUCCUCGUCGUGAUCGUCGUUCAAACCGCCUUCAAUGCUUGGCAAGAUUAUUCCACUGGGAGGGUUAUGAACUCGAUCAGUGGCAUGUUGCCGUCCAGCGUCCAAGUCAUUCGGGACAGUGUCGAGCAGGAGAUUUUGGCUCAAGACCUUGUUCUUGGCGAUAUCGUCCUGCUCCGACUCGGUCAGAAGAUCCCAGCCGAUUUGCGUUUCAUCACCGUCUCUUCGGAUUUCAAAGCGGAUCGUUCGAUCUUGACUGGAGAGAGCUUGCCUAUCCCCGGGACGACCGAUUCCACCGAUGCCAACUUUUUGGAGACCAAAAAUAUCGGUCUACAAGGUACUCUCUGUGUCAGCGGGAGUGCUACGGGUGUGGUGAUUCAGACUGGUGACAGGACUGUCUUCGGCCGUAUCGCCCAACUAUCGAGCAAGGCCAAAGCGCACGGCUCAACCACUUUGCAAAAGGAAAUCUACCGAUUUGUCCUGAUCAUCGCGUCCAUCGCCCUGACCUUGGCCUUGACGGUGAUCAUCGUUUGGGCAGCUUGGCUCAACAAGAAGCACAAGGGGUUCAUCUCGGUUGCUGCUCUCGUGAUCAAUGUGGUCUCAGUAAUGGUUGCCAUGAUACCCGAGGGAUUGCCUGCAAGUAUUACCAUGUCGCUGGCUAUCGUCGCAAACAGUCUCGCUCGCAAGAAGGUUCUUUGUAAGAGCCUGAUGACUGUCGAAACUCUCGGUGCAUGUGAUACGCUGUUGAGCGACAAGACCGGCACUCUGACCCAGAACAAGAUGACAGUCGUCAACGCCGCCAUACUCGACGAUCAGUUUUCGGUGCUUCAAGCUCGUGACUCAUUGGCGACCAAAGACGAGCGGUGUCACGGAGUCAGGCAGCUUGCCGCCAUCGCUGGAAUCUGCAAUGAAGCGACCUUUGACGCCUCGAGCAAAGGAGAGCCUGCAGAGCUUCGCAAAGUCAACGGAGAUGCGACCGACUCGGCUAUCCUCCGGUUUGCGGAAAUCCUACGUCCUGUCCAGGACAGCAAAAGCGAGUGGCGCGAGGUGUAUGGAACUUCAUUCAACUCGAAGACCAAGCAUAUGGUCAAGCUGUUGAGUCUCGAGUCGGCUGGCGAGCAUCCAGAGGCCUUGCUCGCUGAUGCGACCGACUUCGAAGCGAAAGACUACGUGCUAUUAGUCAAAGGAGCUCCGGACGUACUCUUGACCCGCUGUUCUCGGAUCCUGAUGCCAGGUCAAGCUCAAUCGGUGCCGUUGACCGAUGAGCUCAAGAAGCGACUGACCGGUGUCCAGGAAGCUUGGGCUGGACAAGGCCAACGCGUGUUGCUACUCGCAAAGAGGAUAAUCCGCCAAGCCGAAGUUCCCCAAGAGCUGUUGCGAUCGGAACAAUUUCCCGAUCAUGUCAACAUGCACAUCAACAUCGACUUGACUGUGGUCGGUCUGGUAGGCCUUGUCGACCCACCCAAAGCGGACAUUCCAGACACGAUCAAGAUUCUCCGGGGUGCCGGUAUCCGGGUUUGUAUGGUGACCGGUGAUUUCGCUUUGACUGCUGUCGCCAUCGCCCGGCAAUGUGCCAUCGUGACAAACCCGGGCCGAUGUCAUGGGCUGGCCGACCUCGCACGAAACUUCGACACCAGCAAGAUCGACCGAUUUGACAUUGAUGAUCUCAGCAAUUGCAAGAGCUUGGUGCUGUCGGGCCCGGAUCUGAUGAGCAUGGACGAGUCGCAAUGGGAGCAAGCGCUUACCGGAUACGAGGAGAUCGUCUUCGCCAGAAUGACGCCCGAGAUGAAGUUGCGAAUUGUGAAGGAACUCCAGAAUAGGGAACACAUCGUCGCAGUCACUGGUGAUGGGGUCAAUGAUGCACCCGCCCUCAGCCAAGCCGAUAUCGGAAUCGCGAUUGGCGGCGGCUCCGAUGUCGCGAUGGAAAGUGCAGACUUGAUUUUGCUCGAAUCAUUCUCAUCCAUUGUCGUCGCGGUCGAAUACGGUCGUCUAGUCUUUGACAACCUGAAAAAGACCGUCACCUACCUUUUACCCGCCGGAUCCUUCUCCGAGUUGAUGCCCAUCCUGCUCAACGUAUUCCUUGGUCUACCGCAGGCCCUCUCUUCCAUUCAAAUGAUCCUUAUCUGUGUUGUGACCGACGUCUUCGCGGCGGUUGCGCUCUGUUUCGAAAAGCCAGAGGUCGGACUGCUCACGCGAAAGCCCCGAAACGUAAAAACGGAUCGACUGGUCGAUUGGAAACUGUUGCUCCACGCUUACGGAGUCCUUGGAGUGCUCGAGUCACUGUGCGCUAUGAGCAUGGCGUUCUGGUACCUAGAACGAAAUGGCGUGCCUUUCAAGGAUAUCGUCGCCGCUUAUGGUGGCUUCCGAGGAGGACUCAAUAGCGAUUUCGUCACCGAACAAGUCUACAAGGCUCAGAGUGUCUACUUUUUCACGCUGGUGAUUAUGCAAUGGGGAAACCUUUUGGCCACCCGAACACGCCGCUUGUCCUUGUUCCAGCACCCCUUUAUCGGCAACCCGAGGACGAGCAACAAGUACAUCAUCCCUGCCAUGAUUGCAGGAUUGGCAUUCUGCUUCUUCUUCAGCUAUGUGCCGUUUUUCCACAAUACUUUCCUUACCAGGGGUGUCCCUGUCGAGCACAUCUUCCUUCCAUUCACUUUCGCGAUCUUUAUCGUAUUGCUCGACGAAGCUCGAAAGUAUUGCGUCCGCACCUACCCUACCGGGUUCCUUGCGAGGAUCGCUUGGUAGACGGCGUUCGCUACAGUGAUUCGUUCUCGCUUGGACCGUGCCUCUCGUAGAGCAUGCGCAUAGAGCCUGUUCCGUACCGCGAUGUAUCCUAGGUCUCCGUUGUACAUCUUAGUCGUAUACCCUUAUACCCAUGCUUUUGACCGGAAACGUACGCUUGAGGGGAACACAAUGAGGGAAGG